AUGCUUGAAGACCCCUCGCGUGUGCACCUCAGAAGCUUGCGGAUCCCCACAGGAUUCAAUCCUGGUGAAAAAGUGUCGGUCCUCUUGGCAGAAGUUGUCGAGCUUGCGUAUGCGCUCGCCAGCUCCCUUGGAAUUCGAUAUUUGCAUCUUGGGCUGUCAUCCGCUGGAUACAUGACCCUUCGAUGGUUGUCUCAGAUGGAAAGCCAACCCCGAGAAAUCAAGCUUUCAAACUUGGAGAUACAUAACCAGUUGAGCUACUGGCAGCUGCUGCAACCUUUUAUCGAUUCAUUGCAAGUGCUCCGCGUGGAGGGGUUUGACCGUUUUGAUACCGGCAAUGGUCUUGUGUGGCCUAGGUUGUCACGCGCAUUCCCUGCAGUCCAGGACCUUGUCGUAAUCGAUACAAAGUUGGCACAAGCAGCCCCUCUGAUGCAAUAUUUGAACAUUUUCUUUGACCAUACAGAUGCGGAAUCUCUCGAAUGCGUCGUGGGGCAGCUGUACGUGCUCGAUGGCCUGGCGCUCGCCGGAAUAACACUGUAUACCUCUUCUCCGUUGCAUGUCUCUGACUGUGUUUAUCAGAACUGGGCGCAGGAGGCUGCUGCACUCGUCUCGUCUCUGACUAAAAUCACCUUCGGUGAUGUCUCCGAUGACGAACACUACGUAAUGUUUUGCAUCACUCGUGCUGAAGGGAGUGUACCUGAGGUAGAGCGAAAGUCAUCAAGCGAGGAGUUUAACGCGCAGUGCGACUUACUCAAGCCAGGAUGCUCCGCAAAUUGGUCAAAUACUGUUUGUAUACAGUAG